AUGAUACAACAACCUCCAGUUGAAGAGGAAGGCUUUUAUUUGAGUUGGGCUUUACUAAUCCAGACCUCCCUUUUAAUAUUAUCGUUAUGUUCUUCCUACUACUUACAACACAAACAAAUCCGUGCAAUACACGAAACUGUGAUUUCCAUUUUUGCAGGAAUGAUUGUUGGACUGGUGAUCCGUAUGUCGCCAGGUGGUUAUGAAAUGAAAAAGGAAAAUUUUUUCAGGAAUCUUGGAACUAUUCUUACAUUUGCGUUUUUGGGCACUUUUAUUUCAGCUGUUGUCAUAGGAGUUUUAGUUGGAAUAUUAUCGGCUAUAGGAGUAGGCUCACUGUCACUUUCAUUUUUAGAUUCAAUGAUUUUUGGAUCCGUUUUAUCAGCAACUGAUCCAGUAACUGUACUUACCAUAUUCCAAGCGCUUAAAGUUGAUCCUAAACUUUAUUCUAUAAUCUUUGGAGAAAGUAUCUUGAAUGAUGCUGUUUCCAUUGUACUUUACGAGUUGCGUAUUAACAAAACACUUAAACAGUAUCGAGGUCAAGAAUUUCAUUUAACGAACAUAUCUCACGGAAUAUUUUCAUUUUUUCUUAACUUUGGAGCUUCAUUAAUAAUCGGAUUUUAUUCUCAUUUACAUAAGUAUUCUUCGAUAGAAUCAUGUAUCGUCGCAUUAAUUGCAUAUUCUUCCUACCUACUUUCAAAUGGAUUAUAUCUGUCAGGAAUCGUUUCUUUGUUGUUUUGUGGUAUAACACUAAAACAUUACGCAUAUGACAACAUGUCAAUACAUACGCAGCGUUUGACAUUAUUCACACAGACAGAUUUGGACUAUAGACCCUCCUUUAUUUUCUUUACAUCGAUUAUUAUUUGUAUAUCACGAUACAGUGCAGUAUUUCCACUUUCCAAUUUAAUCAAUAUUAUGUCAAGGUAUAGAAACAAGGGUGAAUCUAUUCCAAAAAAGUAUUCAGUUAUGUUGUUCUGGGCGGGACUGAGAGGAGCGGUAGCAUUUGCAUUGGCAGCUGGAUUAGAUGGUAAAAAUGCAAAUGCGAUGAGAACAACAAUUCUUGUAGUGGUUGUGUUGAGUGUUAUUGUUUUUGGGGGCACAACUAGUCGAGUACUGGAAAUAAUGAAAAUACAAACUGAUCACAAUAAUGGACAUAGUCGAACAAAUUCUCAAGGAUCUAAUUCGGGAGAUACUAAUAAUAGAUAUUCUGACGAAUUGCAACAAACGAACUUUACACCUAUGCAGAAACAUUGGUUUAUAUCAUUUGAUGAUAGAUUUUUGAAACCAUUUUUUACGCGAAAUAUAGAUUUUAGAUAUAGAUCACCACAUAACAGAUGGGAUUAUGGAGAGAGGAGACAUGAAGGAAAUAAUGAUGAUUUUAUAGGAUUAACGGGAGGGUCAGUGAGAACCGCCUCUUCGAGAACUCCUGUAAGAAAUGGAGGGAGAAGUUUUAAUAAUAAUAACAAUUCAAGAAUUGGACUCAAGCAAGGAAAUUAUAAUGAAAAUUUGUCAGAAGAUUCACCAUUAUCCACACAGCAACAGGACCUUGAUACAACGAAUCCAAAAACAGUCGGACUUCAAAGUUUUCCUGAUUUGGAAGUUGAACAUUGA